AGAGAGUGGGAGCAAAGAAAGAGCAAAACUGUGUGGGAGCAGAAGAAGCUAAAGGUUUAAUAUGCUGUCUUGCGUGUGGUGGUUGGAUAGCAGUUGUUGAAGAUACUUUUGUUGGACAUUAACGGGAGAGAUUCACAACCUGAGACCGUGUCGCAGAAGUUGUCUUGAAGAUGCAGCGCGAGGAGCUGUCAGCCCGAGAGGAGUUCACCUACAGCCACAUGCCCACCCUGGAGAGGGGAAAUGGGACACUGGGGCGCCGGGGGGACAGGGGAGCAGAGAGAAGGCCAGACAGGGGGGAGAGGGACAGGCUGGAGCGGGACGGCUACACAGUGGACGUGAGGGCCAGUGACCUGCAGCUGGCCCAGCCGGAGCCUCUAAAGCACCCCUGCUUCAGCUACAGGGCCUGGCUCUACAGUGUCCUCAUAGGGGGCUGCCUGCUCAUCGCAUCUGGCUUCUCCCUCUACCUGGGAAAUGUGUUUCCGGUCGCUAUGGACUACCUGCGCUGCGCGGCGGGCUCUGGCAUCCCUGCUGCUAUAGCCAGCUUUGCCAUUGCCAAGAACAGACAUACAGCAGUUUCAGAUUUCCAGGUGGUCUACGUCUCAACUUUUGCUGUGACGACAACCUGCCUGGUUUGGUUUGGUUGUAAGCUGGUCUUGAACCCCUCUGCUGUCAAUAUCAACUUUAACCUCAUCCUGAUGAUUUUGCUGGAGGUGUUGAUGGCCAGUGCCGUCAUUCUGUCUGCCCGCUCCGCAGAGGACUGCUGCUGCCACAUGAAGCCGGUGGCGCAUGACAGACCUGUGGUCAUUAAGCCUGCAGUGUUCCCCACUCGACUUCUCAGGGCAUAUUCUGUGAUUGAAAUAAUUGUGGGAAUCUCUGCUGUAUUUGGAGGCAUUAUUGCUCUCAACAUGGAUGCGUUGCUGCCGGGUCCCUACCUGUCGGUCACAUUUUUCUGGAUCCUUGUAGCUUGUUUUCCCAGUGCUAUUGCCAGUCACGUUGUAUCAGAAUACCCCAACAAAUGUCUGGUGGAAGUGCUGAUUGCCAUCAGCAGUGUGACGUCUCCGCUCCUCUUUUCUGCUUCUGGCUUCCUCUCUAGCAGUGUGAUCAGUUUUAUUGACAUUUUUCUUCACGAUGUGCCUACAGCCAAGCAAUCCUACGACAUCCUGCUGUUGAUUCUGAUGGUGCUGCUGCUGGUGCAGGCAGUCCUCACUUCGGCCACUGUGGUGCACUGUGCCACCUACAAGAGUCAGCUCCGCAGGGGAGCUCCGGAGUGUGACGAGAGCCUGCGAUCCAUCACUCAUUACAGCGAGCAUCAUGCAUCCAACGGAACACUGCAGGAUUUUGACAAGGACAGAGCCUGGAAGGCAGUUGUGGUCCAAAUGGCUCAAUGAGCAGUUCUACUCUAUACAAAGAAGUUUGUUCAGGAGUGGAAAAAUGGGAAGAAAAGGAGGCACAGAGCAAACUCUGUGAGCUCUAAGAACAAGGACAAGGGUACUGGACAGAGACCAGAGGAAAGAAACUGGGGUAGAUGGAUUGUAAAGAACACAGAAUGGAAAAGUAGAAACAAGGAAAAAUAUGUUUUAUUUGUUUUUUAUGAAUAUAUUUUUCAUAGAUGAUACUUUAAGCACCUUGCUUUCAUGUUUGUUCCUGUAUGUAGAAAUGUUUUCAUUCUAAAUGCAAUGAGGAAUUAUUUGAAACAAAAGUUUUUUUUAUAAUGAUGGCAUGUACAGAAGUUAUCAUGAAAAAGUUGGUGAGAUAAUGAUCAAUAACAGAUCCAAGCUUUUGAGCCUAAUCAUAGAGCUCAUUAUAUCCUGAGACAUUAAUCUUGUUCUGCACUCUGAAUACAUGAAACAUGACUCAUUUGGGAUUUAAUUGAUGCUGCAGUUUUCUUAGUCAUAAACACUGUAUUCCUUCAAAGAAAAUGAAAUAAACAUUUUCACAAAAGCUAAAGAAAGCAAAUGUUUCAUUAUGUAUUUUUUUCUACAAAAAAGUAUUGAUAAGUUUUCUUAGAACUCUUUAUAGUGUUAAAGUCCUUUUUCUGUGUGCCGUUUGUUGUGUAUGGAGCUGUUUACACAAGAAGUCUGAUUUUUCACUGCAGAGAUGCAAUAUUGAUGUGAUGAAUUCUAACUUAAUGUGUGUCUUACGUUAAAAAUCAGAUGUCUUAGCUGUAUAUAAAGUUGUAUAUGUUGUUCUUUAAAGUUGCUGAAAUCAUGAGUAUCUGGAAACUGUAUACUUGGUUAGAUCAUAAAGAAAAUAAAGAAGGUGACAAUUAUAAUAUCAAUUAGCAUUAUUAUUAAAAGUCUCUUUAUUUGCCUGUUAUUCACACAUAAAACUGUAAUGGAGAGAUUGUAGAUUUCUGGUCAUUUGCAAAACAUACAAAUUGACCCAGUCCAAUCUUAAAAAUAAGAUUGGACUGGGUAAAGAUUUAGUACCCUCAACAUCACUAUACCUCAUUGUCAUGUUAUCUUUGUUAAUUCUCUGUAAAUGCAUACCCAUCCUUCCGCUUUCGCAUGAAACAUUAUACGUGAUAUAUUAUAUUAAAAUUAAGUCAUUUUUCUCCCUGACAUAGCUUGUGAUGUUAAAGGCAAAGAUGAAUCAUUUAACAUGGAUACAUGAUGUGGAUACCAUAACAUUUCUGUUACAUUCAAUGUCAAUGAUUUCUAAUAGAGGUAAUAUUUUCUGUCUUGACCUUAUUGUAUACACUCAUCUUGUUAGUCUAACCUGAUAUUUCCAGUUAUCUUUAAUUUGGGGACUUUGAGGAUCUUGCCUAACUUUUCUGUUUGCAGCCUUUGUGGUAG